GUAAUUAAUUAUAAAAAUGGCAUGCAUUUUUGCUGAAUUAAUUCUUUUCGUAGUAUGGACAGUUAUGUUUAUUUCGUGCUCUAAAACGAGCCAAGCUUCAAAAGUGGAGGAGAAAAAGCCGAAAACCUCUUCAAUCACUACAAAAACCAUCACUUCGGCAGAUUUGGCUGACAAAACCGAUGUCAGCAAAACUUCCACUCCAGUCAGCACGAACUAUUCAACUGUGUCAAAAACGAUUUCAAUGCAAAAAGAAGUCGAGAAGAACCCCAACAGCGCAGAGGACUUCAAUGUUAAUCGAAAGAAAACUUCGAAAUUUCAAAUUUCAAAAGAAUCUGUAGCAGUUGAAAUGAAACCAGAUUUCAAGAAAAAUAAAGAUGUUGGCGGCAAAAAGGAAAAAGCAAAAUCAGCGGAAAAACCGAACAAGAAAGAAAUCACUCCGCCACAAACCAUCAAGAAAACGUCAAUGGAGAAGGCUGGAAAGGAAGAAGAUGUGAAGUGUGAUGAGGAAGUUUCAAGAAAUAAUAUGGAAAGAUCUGAUCGAACUCUUCAUUUUUCGAAGAAAAUGAUUCGUGGCCCCGUGAAGCCUGAAGAACAGAUGGAAGUCGAACCAACUCCGUUAUCUUGGAAAGGAGGACCAUGAAACUUGAUUGAAUAAAUUUUAUUAUGAAAAAAGUGAAAAUAUGCAAUUAAAUAACACAAAAAAACGCAUAAGAUUCAAAGAAAACAAAAAAUUUCGAAAGAAAAAUCAAUUCGAAAAGUUUCGCGUACAUUGCAUGUCAAUUGACGCAAAAGUGCACACAUUAUUUGUUACCGUACCUUUGUUGUUCUCAUUUUUU